UACCACUGUAAGUGAUAUUUCGAUAUUGUCUGCCCGGCAUUGAGCGAGUCCCGAAGAACUUCAAAGUUCACGGUGUGUUCGGCCCGAUGGAUAGGACACGCGUGAGUCAAUAGCUCACGUGCUCAUUAUUAUCCCGAAUGUUCUGCGCCAUUGUUACUUCACCUUACACCAAAUGACGCGCCGUUCUUUGCGAAUCGCCAAAAAAUUGUCUGUCACCACGAGAGAGUCUACAGCCCAGGCUGGUGCGUCUCGUAUACCGAGUGAAAAUGCAGACCAUCCUCUUAGCCAGGUCGCGCGACCUGCACAUUCGAAUCGCAAGCGUCCAAAAUUCAACAACGAUGGUCCUGAAAAUAGUGAUGAUGAUGAUAAUUAUCGAAAUGAGAGCAAUUACACUCAAUUCAAACGCAACAAGAGGAGGAGGACCAAAAUGCCGGACGAGUUUCGGGGGGUACGAGGAAAACUAGGUCUUCUUGAAAAGCUUGCGAGAGAUGUCCCUCUUGACAUUAUGUUCGAGAUCUUUUGCUAUCUAGAGCCAAAUGAUUUAAUUAAUCUAGCUCGCACAACUCGCGACCUUCGAGGCAUUCUCAUGAGCAAAUCCUCCGAAUUGAUCUGGCGCACUGCUCGCUCGAAUCUAGAUGGUCUUCCACCUUUACCGAAGGAUCUCAGUGAGCCUCAAUAUGCAGACCUUCUCUUUUGCACGCACUGCUAUUUUUGCUCAAAGAAGGGAGCCUGUGAACCUCCAUUCUGGUCUUUCCGAACGCGAUGUUGCAGAGCAUGCGCAGUUCAAACAUUUCCUCAAUUGUACAAUCUAAAACGAACCCAACCUCGCGACUAUCGAGACGCAAAAAUUCUCCCACGCGAAGUCAUCUCCCCAGUUACUAGAAUAGGUCGGAAAUCCACUACUGUAAGACAUAUAGGCCACCUCGCUUUGGCCCAACGCUUGCGGGCAGAAUACGACGCACUCUCGAAGGAGGAAGACAUUGAUAUCUGGAUUGCGCUCAAAAUGGAAGAGCAGGAAGCGGUGCGAGAGCAUGGUCGUCUGUGCCAAGAGUGGUAUGUCACCAUGCUCGAAAACCGUCAGGAGGAACUGCUCGAAGAAAGAAAACAAAUGAUAUUCAAAAAGCUGGAGGAGAUUGGGUUGCGAGAAGAAGUAGAUAUUAUGAUCAACUCUCCGCAAUCUCACCUCUUCCUUCGGCACGAUUCAGUUAACCAAUCCAAGCAACUGACGGAGCAGGCCUGGAGGAAAAUCGAACCAGAUCUCGUGAAAGUACUUUCAGAUCAUCGGCAGCGUCGGAUCGUUGAAGAAACUAAGGUUUCAGCACGUCAACGCUACGUGCUGCUUGAAAAAGUAUACAACAGCUUUACAUCGGGCGCCGAUCUUCGAGACCCAUUUCCCCUUGUGGGUGAUAUCCUGAACCAUCAAUUUUUUGAAGAUUUAAUUUGGGACACCCCUCGCGAAACGAUCUUGACGAAAGAAUUUUUCUCAUCUCAACUUGCCCAGUUCCUGCCUACGUUCAUCCAGCAUUGGAGACCGGCCAAAAUACUGGAACUGGUCAGCAUAAUGGAGAAAAACAUACCCGGAUUCAAGACAUCGGAUCUGUAUCUCGCAACCACAGUUUUUGACUGCGAACGAUGCCGCAGGAAAUUGCACUUUCCUGAGAUGUUCUAUCAUGAAUGCUGCCUGGAGCCGCGUCUCUCAAGAAACUCCCGUAUAAGGGUUUAUAUUCAGUUCUUCGACCACGAUGACCCAAAGGGGCCAUGGAAUUCUUCGCAACUUUUAUUCGACAAACCAGCUUCUGAAACUAUGAAAGCUAUAGUCGAAGUAUGCAACCUUGAUCCAAGGACUACAACUACUCAGGAUCUAUAUGCUGCGAACCCGCUUGCCGAAUGUUCGACAUGCGACCAGAGCAACCAUUGGCGAAAUAGUGGUCGACUUUUUAUGCGAUUCAAAGAAUUGCUGGUGCACAAAUUUACCGAAUUCUAUCCUAUAAAACCCUACGAGUAUACUGUAAAUUCAUUCGGUGAAGAGAUAGAAGCAAUCGUCAAACGUGAACCCUUCAAUCUGAGCUUUCUCAAGUGUAUGCAUUGUCAUGAUCAAGUGGGAAAUAAAGCCAGGAAUAUUUGCAAGCACUUGGAAGAAAGCCAUGGAAUAAUGUUUGACAAAUCGUCUGAAAGUCGAUACUAUCCACCUAAUCAAACACUUCAGUUGUUCCAAGACCACUGGUAUUGGAAUCCUCGCGUUGCUAUCCCGUACCGCAUUACUUACCCAAAUUUUCGAUACAAGCGACCAGCCACCAUUCUUUAGAUGAUAACUACAUACAUUGCAGCAAACACUACUUAGGUGGGUAUGGCAGAAAGCACAGGGUUGAUAAAAUAUGAACUACGUAGUGCGGUCAACGUGUAGUAAGCAGUAUGAGGAACUAUUGUAAAGUUU